UAGCUAGCUAGCGUGCUAACUUUAGCUAACCAAGUUAUUCAAUUCGCGAACUAGAGUUAGCAGUUUCUGUGUGUGGUAGCGUCAAUGUAACUCUGAUAGGGUUGUUUGUGUAAAUGUCAGGGUUGUUAAGAUACUAUCAUCACUUAAAUCCAACGUAUUUCGUAAGUGUAAGAGUUAACCGACACUAACGUUACUCACUUCUGUGAGGAAACAGGGCGCUAGGCACGGUUCUAGCCUAACCUGCUAAGCUAACUAACCGAAAACAACAACGCAGUCGACGAUCAUGUCAGCAAUCAAGAUUGCCCUGCAGCAGAGCCAGAAGAGUGGUAAAAGGAAAACCUCUGAAGCAAUGUCUGCAGAGGUGUCACCAGACUCCAAGUGUCCCAUCUGUUUGGACAUAUUUAACAACAUUUCUUACCUGGACCUCUGCUUGCACAAGUUCUGUUUCCGCUGUAUUCAUGAGUGGUCCAAGAACAAAGCCGAGUGUCCUCUAUGCAAACAGCCAUUUAAUUCAAUCUAUCACAGUAUAAAAUCAGAGCAAGACUUUAAGAAGUAUGACCUGCAGCCACUGGACAAUGGCUCUUUUGGGACUUUUGGGGGAGUGCGGUUUAGAUACCGCACAACUCUUACCGGAGUCCAUCGACAGAUGCGAGGAAGGACCUCUUCACCUCCAGACAAUGGAGUAAUGUUUGAAGCCGCAACAGACCGUCCGCAACAGCCUCAGGACCGUUAUAUCCGGCGCAUGAUGAUGAGGUUGGCAGCCAAGAGGAGAGCUGCGAGUGAAGGGAGGGCAGUGAACAAUGUCAGAGAGCAGGAAAUGAUAAAUUUCAGAAGGGAACUGUACCGACAGGGGGUGAGGGUUCGGAGUGUUCGCGAUGGUGGCCGCUCCCGAGACACCUCAGCUGAGUUCUUCCGAAGAAAUCCUGCCUGCCUCCACAGACUGAUCCCCUGGCUAAAAAGAGAACUCAUUGUAUUAUAUGGAGCCCAUGGCACUUUGGUCAACAUAGUUCAACACAUCAUCAUGUCACGCAUUACACGUUAUGACAUGGAGGAUGGAGUUAUUCAGGAAGAGCUCAGGCCGUUUCUCCAGGGGCGCACAGAGCACUUUCUGCAUGAGUUUACCAGCUUUGCAAAGUCCCCCUUCAAUAUGGAGGCCUAUGACCAGCAUGCUGUCUAUGACUGCCCAGCCCCUUCCUCAAAUGAAGACAGCAGCUCCAACUCGUCUGUAAUAGCUAUCUCAGAGGAUGAGGAUCUCUUGGUGUUGGAACUGGACCCCCCAGGAGACUCCAUGUCUACUCUGAGCCACUCUGUGUGGGAUGAUGAGACGCCUGGGCCAUCGUAUUCUACGACAGCAGAGCAGAGCAGGGCAGAGUGUCUGUCAGUCCUCGACUCAGACUCAGACAGCAGUUUAGAGGAGGACACACAAGAGAUUGGGGCUUCUCCACAGCAAAUGAGUCCUCAUAACCACACAGACGUGACUCAGGGUGAAGUUAACAGCGAAGAGUGUUUGUCUUAUGACAGCGAUGACUGUGUCAUUGUAGGUUUUGUUAAGCCAACAGCAGAGAGGACUCCUGAGCUGGUUCAGCUCUCCUCUAACUCUGAUGAGUCUGCCAGUGAAGAUACUAAAGAAGUGCCUCUUCUACCUCAACACAUCCGCUUCUCCAGUCUCAGUCCUAUAGCUUCACAGAGUAGUGAUCCAAGUGAUUCUGGACGGUCAGAAAAUGUAGAAAUGGACCACUAUCAUCAGUUGGAUUCAAAAGAAAGAUGUAGCUCUUUAACAUCUAGCAGACACAAGACAUCCAAUAAGUCAGACAGAAAAAACACAGAUAGAAGAUUUGACAGUAAUUAUAGAUCUAGGGAGCGGCGCUGGUCAAAGGACAGAGACCAUAGGAGAAGGAGAAGGUCAAGAAGUGGAGAGCGCAGACACUCUAGCAGGAGCCCAGUGAUCUCCCACAGCAGUGUCAGCACUCUAUCCAGAGAAAGAGGUUAUUCUUACACCAGUGGCAGAGACUUCUACUCAAAAUAUGACAGUAACUAUAAAAGGAGGGACAGCGAUCACGACUAUCAGUCAUAUAGGCAUUACAACCAAAAGAGAAAUGAUAAUGGGAUGCAUUACACAGAGAGGCGGUCCUACUAUUACAAUAGCUGCAAGUACUCAGAUCGGCACUCGUACUCUCGCUCUAGGAGCCGCAGCAGGGACUCUGGGAGACGGGACAGGAGGUAUUCUCGAUCUAGGACUCAUUCCAGUAGUCGUUCCCCUUCAACGAAAAGGAGAUCUCACCACGACAAGCCUGGUGGAAAGAGGAAAUACAAAACAAGACAUUUAGAGGAGCCGUCCGAAAACACACUUUCCACCUCAUAUGCUGAAGGUGACUCCCCCAAGUUGUUGACAAAACACAAGAAAAAGAGCAAAGAGAAGCAUCAUAAAAAAUCCAAAGAGAGGUCAAGAAAGACUAGCAGGAGCCUCAGCGUGGAGCUCGUCAAUGAAGAAAACUCUAAUGAGCGAAGCAAGCGUCACCAUAAGAAAAAGAAGAAACACAAGAAGAAAAGCAAAAGACGCAAGAGUAAUGAAAUCACAGAGAAGUGCUCACCCACUGUCAUUACCAUUGAUAGUGACAGUGAUUCUUUUGCGAAUGACUGUGUCACCCAGGCCAGCAGCACUAACAAGGACACCUCCAUUGACAAUACCACAGAUGACCCAGUAGACCCCGCCCCGCCCUACUCUCAUCUGUAGUUAUAUGGAAGCUCAGAUUCCUGCUGUGUGUGGUGGGAACUGAUGGAUUAACCCUCAGCUGCUAAUGCAUCCCAGUAGCAUUUUAAAUGUUCAGUAUGUUGAAGGUCACCAUACCUUGAAGGAUAUAGGAUAGGAUGAAGACACGUAUCCCUUUAAAAGUGUUUUCUACUAUGAUAGUUCAUUGGACGCUGGCUUACAUGACAGAUACAGAUAUCCGUGUUGAAUUGGAGAGUGGUCAUCAUUGGAUAAAUGACAAAACCAUCAAAGUCUAGUUUCUUGACUGUGUUAACUAACACCUGAAACAAUCCUAUGCCACUAUGAACACGGCAGAAUGGAAUAAUAUUGGGAGUCACACGUCUUUUUAGUGUCAAUUAUUCUGGAAAUUAAUUCUUGAUGUAUUUUAUUUCUAAGGUGCUCUCAGGGAUAAUGUUGAUUACAGUGAUUUUCUGUUAUUAUAAGUCAGCUAUAUUCUUGAGUCAAAACAAUUUCUACCUGCUGCUCAUGGAGUAGUACUUAUUAUCCAGAGUUGGUGUUUGGAUUUCAGAAUGGGCUCUUUUGUUUUGAAUUUUUUUUUUUUUAAAUAAAUUGCUAUCAGCAA